AUGGUUGGGCCGGAGGAUGCCGGAGCUCAGGGCGGCGCGGCCUUGCUUCCCUCGGGCCGGGAGGAGGAGGCGGCGGCGGAGGAGGAGGAGGAGGAAGAGGAGAAGGACGUUGAGCGGGACGGGAGCCGAGAGGGCUCAGCGGCCCGCCUGCAGCGCUACCUGGCUGGCAAGAGGCCCCCCAACGGGGACGCCUACGGCGGGGGCAGGAUGACCAACGGGGACGCCGGGUUCCUCCUGCCGCCGCCGCCGCCUCGGGAGGGCCCAGAGGAGCCGCCGCCGCCCCCUCUUCCUCCUCCUCCUCCUCCUGCGCGAGGGGAAGCCGCGAAGCUCCACAACGGCGGCUGCGCCUUGUUCCUGCCGGAGGAGCCGCUGGGGAGCUGCAGCCUGGCGGCGGCCGGGGCGGCCCUGUCGCCGUCGCCCUCCUCUUCCUCCGGCAGCCCUUCGCCCGUCUCCGAGGAGGCGGGGAGCCCGGCUUCCCCGGCCAGGGCGCUCCCUUGCCUGGCCUUCAUGGACAUCAACCUCCACUCCCGCAACACCUUCGAGGUCAGCCGCCGGCGCAGCUCCCCGGAGCACUUGCAGCAGCAGCCGCCGCCGCCCGCCUCCUCCUCGUCGCAGCAGCCGCCCGGCUCCGUUGCAGCUGCCGACGGGGCCGACCAAGGCGACGGGGCCAAGCGGCCGGGCGGCCUGAGCGGCUCCGGCUUCGCCGAGUUCUUUGCAAGGAACUUCUUUACCAAAAGGACAAAGGAACUCAAACCAGCAGUCCACAGCGCUCCUGGAUGGAAACUGUUUGGAAAAGUCCCGCCUAAAGAGAAUCUUCCGAAAGACUCCAGAAUAAUUCAACAGGAUGAAAGUUCUGGCAGUGUUGCAUCAGUAUCUACACUCAAUCUAUUAAACACAGGGGAAUACGAAGCAAGAACAGGAAAAGUGUCUAAACCUGUACCCCAAGCAGCAAGGCGAAGGCACUUUGAGUUCGAGCCACUGUCAACUACGGCUCUUAUUUUGGAGGAUCGGCCGUCGAAUCUACCAGCCAAAUCUAUAGAAGAGGCUUUACGUCACAGGCAAGAAUAUGAUGAAAUGGUAGCAGAAGCAAAAAAGAGAGAAAUUAAGGAUGCCCAUAGGCGGAAGAAGAUAAUGAAAGAACGCUUCAAGCAAGAAGAGAAUAUUGCUAGUGCUAUGGUGAUUUGGAUCAACGAAAUCCUGCCUAAUUGGGAGAGCAUGCGUUCUACAAGAAGAGUUCGGGAAUUGUGGUGGCAAGGGUUACCUCCAAGUGUACGCGGGAAGGUUUGGAGUCUCGCUGUAGGAAAUGAACUGAAUAUCACUCCUGAACUCUAUGAAAUCUUCUUAUCCAGAGCCAAGGAGCGAUGGAAGAGUUUCGGGGAGACAGGUGCCGAGAAUGAUACAGAAGAUGCUGGAGUGUCGGUUGCUGACCGGGAGGCUAGUUUGGAACUAAUAAAAUUGGAUAUAUCCCGCACUUUUCCAUCCCUCUAUAUUUUUCAAAAGGGGGGCCCAUAUCAUGAUCUUCUGCACAGUGUCUUGGGAGCAUAUACAUGUUACAGACCUGAUGUAGGAUAUGUCCAGGGAAUGUCCUUCAUCGCUGCAGUCCUCAUACUCAAUCUGGAAGAGGCGGAUGCUUUCAUUGCCUUUGCAAACCUCCUGAACAAGCCAUGCCAGCUGGCCUUCUUCCGUGUGGACCACAGCAUGAUGCUGAAGUACUUUGCAGCGUUUGAAGUGUUUUUUGAGGAAAACCUCCCCAAAUUGUUCCAUCAUUUUAAAACCUACAACCUUACUCCAGACAUAUACUUAAUAGAUUGGAUCUUCACCCUGUACAGCAAGUCACUACCCCUUGAUCUGGCCUGUCGUGUCUGGGAUGUCUUUUGUAGAGAUGGAGAAGAAUUUUUGUUCAGGACUGGAUUAGGAAUUCUUAGAUUGUAUGAAGAUAUCCUCCUACAGAUGGACUUCAUUCAUAUAGCACAGUUUCUGACAAAGCUACCUGAAGACAUCACGUCAGAGAAGCUCUUCGCUUGUAUUGCAUCUGUUCAGAUGCAGAAUAGUAACAAAAAAUGGGCUCAGGUGUUUGCAUCAUUAAUGAAGGAUAGCAAAGAAGGAGACAAAAAUCAUAGUCCAGCACUAAAAAGUUAACUUCAAGGUUAAUGGUAAAGUAGAAACAACCACUUGGAUUGUUGAACGAUUCUAAACAUUUUCCCAAUGAAAACCACUAAGGAGAAACUGCUUGGGAGACUCAAGGAAGAGACAGUAUUUGACUGAAUGCAGUGGUGGAAUUGGAUGAAAUCUUCGCCCUGUUGCCAGUAUUAAAGAGCUUUUUGUGGAAGGUAGCUUUUCAUAAGAAGCAAGUAAUAAAAAAAAACUUGUGAAACUGAAAAAAAUGGCUAAUGCAUAUUUAAUAUUUAAAGUUUAAUGCAAUAAAAUUUGUAAUAACUUUUGUUGGUACUUAAAAGUUUUGAGGGAUACCUUUUUAUGAUUACCACAAAGGCACUUUUUGGGAGGAAGGCAGGUGUUAAAGUUAGGCCCAAAAAAACUGCUACCUGAACCAAAUGUUUUGGUGCAAAUACCUCCAGAAUUAACCAGUGAGAUUCUUAGGACCAAAUAAGUUUGUUUUUGGUGUACAUGCUUGCCAGGUAAUAGGAGGCUUUAGAUAUGUCUUACAAGGUCCUCUGAAAUUGCAAUUUCAUUCUUCAUUUAAGUGAAUGUAUGCAAGUUGGAACUGAGGAAUUUGCACUCAGUCUUCCUUCAGUCAUUGGUAAAAGGUCUUUUGGUAGUGGUCCAACCAGUUGGUUUGGAUGGUGUGCUUGGGUAAGCAACUGAUUGGUUUCUGGAAUUUUGGUGGCCGAAGUUCAAGGUGGGCAGCUUGCUUAAAGGAAAAUUAGAUUGCUAUUCCAUGGAAAUCAGAUGAUUUUUUUGUUGACUAAUCAAAGUGACUUAUACUUGAUAAACACUAGUAUAAUUAAUAAGCUAGUGAUGUCCUUUUGCACAUUUUAAGGAAUGUUAAUGUUGAAAGUUUGAAUCCCUGUAUAUUAACUUUUUUUUCACUUAAACAGGCAGAAUUGAGUAGUUUUGAACUCCAGUGUGUACAAUAAUGAAUUACCCCAAAUGCAUUCUGUCAGCCCAAUAUUUUCUCAGAUAACAUCAGCGUGAUACUGUAAAGGCAACUCAAGGAAGCUCUUCAACUUCUUCACACUCCUGAAACAUUUUAAAAUGGCUUUUGAACUGGAGGGCCG